GAUGAUCCAUGAUGGUGAGGGGAACCCUUGUCGCAAGACAGAGGGCAACAUCAUGUCUCCCACUCUGGCGGGAAACAACGGGGUCUUCUUCUGGUCCACCUGCAGUCGACAGUACCUCAGCCGCUUUCUUGGAACAGCCCAGGCAUCCUGUCUGGUGGACGAACCGAGGCAGAUUGGUCAGUACAAAUACCCAGAACAACUUCCUGGGCAGCUGUACAACGCAGACACGCAGUGCAAGUGGCAGUUUGGCUCCAAGGCCAAACUGUGUAGCCUUGAUUUUGUCAAGGACAUCUGCAAGUCGCUGUGGUGCCAUCGCACAGGGCACCGGUGCGAGACCAAGUUCAUGCCUGCUGCAGAAGGCACCAGCUGUGGCCCUGACAUGUGGUGUCAGCGAGGGCAGUGUGUUAAACACGGGGAGCACGGCCCUAGGGCGGUCCACGGCCAGUGGUCGACCUGGUCUCAGUGGUCCGACUGCUCCAGGACCUGUGGGCGGGGGAUCAUGUACAGGGAGCGCUCCUGCAACAACCCGAGUGAGGGAGUGACCACGCGUCGAGUUCACGAGCAGGAGUUAAGACACAGGAGACGGGAGUCAGCACACGAGUCAGACAGGAGACAGACAGGAGACAGGAGUCACACAGGACUCAGACAGGACUCAGACAGGAACAGACAGGAGUCAACAGGAGUAUACAGGAGACAGACGGGCAGGUCAGCACAGGAGCACAGGAGUCACAGAACACGGACGACACUCCGAGAGAUCAGACCACGCGACAGAAGCCGCAGGAGCACAGGGAGCUCAGACAGCGCGAGCUCAGACAAGGCAGCGAGUCAGCAGGCCGCAGUCAGACAGGAGUCAGACAGGAGUCAGACAGUAGACCAGGUAGAGUCAGACAGGAGCUCAUACAGGACGACAGGAGAUCAGACAGGAGACAGCAGAGUCAAACCAGGAAACAGACGCAGCGAGUCAGACAGGAGUCACUACAGUAGCCAGAAAGGAGCUCAGAAAGUACGUCAGCCGCAGGAGUCACCAACUGAGAGAUCAGCAUAG